UUCCGGUGCGGCGGCGACAGCGCGCCCCCGGCGGCUGCAGCGGCGGAAGCAAGGCGGCCGCUGAGGCCGCAGCGAGUGACGGCGGCCGGGCCGACGGGAGCCGGGGCGGGGCGGCGGCGUCCCAGCGAAGGAGCGCGCGGGCGGCCUGGCCCCGCCCCCGCCCCGCCCGCCUGCCCGGUGACCUUCAGGGGCCCGGGCGGCGGGCGCAGGCCCCUGCGGCGGCGGCGGCGGCGGGAUGUUUGUGCAGGAGGAGAAGAUCUUCGCGGGCAAGGUGCUGCGGCUGCACAUCUGCGCGUCCGACGGCGCGGAGUGGCUGGAGGAGGCCACCGAGGACACCUCGGUGGAGAAGCUCAAGGAGCGCUGCCUCAAGCACUGUGCUCAUGGGAGCUUAGAAGACCCCAAAAGUAUAACCCAUCAUAAAUUAAUCCACGCUGCCUCAGAGAGGGUGCUGAGUGAUGCCAGAACCAUCCUGGAAGAGAACAUCCAGGACCAAGACGUCCUAUUAUUGAUAAAAAAACGUGCUCCAUCUCCACUUCCCAAGAUGGCUGAGGUCUCAGCAGAAGAAAAGAAAAAACAAGACCAGAAAGCUCCAGAUAAAGAGGCCAUACUCCGGGCCACCGCCAACCUGCCGUCCUACAACAUGGACCGGGCCGCGGUCCAGACCAACAUGAGAGAUUUCCAGACAGAACUCCGGAAGAUCCUGGUGUCUCUCAUCGAGGUGGCGCAGAAGCUGUUAGCACUGAACCCAGAUGCGGUGGAAUUGUUUAAGAAGGCGAAUGCGAUGCUGGACGAGGACGAGGAUGAGCGUGUGGACGAGGCCGCCCUGCGGCAGCUCACGGAGAUGGGCUUUCCGGAGAACAGAGCCACCAAGGCCCUUCAGCUGAACCACAUGUCGGUGCCUCAGGCCAUGGAGUGGCUAAUUGAACACGCAGAAGAUCCAACCAUAGACACGCCUCUUCCGGGCCAGGCUCCCCCAGGGGCUGAGGGGGCCACCGCAGCCGCCCCUGAGGCUGCCGCAGGAGCCAGCACCACCGAUGAGGAGGCCAGAGAUGAGCUCACGGAAAUCUUCAAGAAGAUCCGGAGGAAAAGGGAGUUUCGGGCUGAUGCUCGGGCCGUCAUUUCCCUGAUGGAGAUGGGAUUCGACGAGAAGGAGGUGAUAGAGUUCCGGCCUCCUGAUCAGCCUCGGGGGCUCAAUAGAAAGGUGCAGGAGCCGUUGUGCCUGCUGCGGGUGGCGUCUUGCAGAGGCACUGAAGGCGCUAACAGUGGCAUUGGUGCUCUGGCUUUGCAGUGCGAGUGGCUGCUGGGGGACCGGAAGCCCUCUCCGGAGGAGCUGGACAAGGGCAUCGACCCCGACAGUCCUCUCUUUCAGGCGAUCCUGGAUAACCCGGUGGUGCAGCUGGGCCUGACCAACCCCAAAACAUUGCUAGCAUUUGAAGACAUGCUAGAGAACCCGCUGAACAGCACCCAGUGGAUGAAUGAUCCAGAAACGGGUCCCGUCAUGCUGCAGAUCUCUAGAAUCUUCCAGACACUAAAUCGCACGUAGGUGGCGCCGUUCCACUCGGCUGUCCGGCCACAGCAGCCCCCUGGCGCGGCCCGAGACUGGGCAGAGCGGACCUCACCUGAAACUCACCUUCAGCACCUCGGCCCUGGACUGUUAGAGGCGCCGCGGCUGCUCCCGCUCUCUGAUCUUAUUGCUUAUAAACUUCGGUGACGGUCGUGUGUAAAGCCGUGUUUUUAGCAUCUGCCAGGUGUUUACAAAAAAGUGGUUGUCGUGCUGGGAAGUGGAGUGAUGGCCUCCUCUCCAGUGCUCCUCUGGGCUCUUGAGUUGCUGCUUGAAUUGCCCCGUAGACGUUUGCUUGGAGAGUCCACGUGUUAUUUGACGGAGGUAGGUUUCAACCCAGAGUGUUAACGUCAAGCAUGCUACUUUAGUCACUCACAGAUGACUUUUCUUUAAUAAAAUCCCUUUUCCUAUUUCCUA